GAACCGUACACUUCAAGACACGAUGCCGACCAAUGCGCACCGUCAUGCCACCAGCACCCGGCGGCAGCGCUGGUUGAUGGUGGCCGCAGGUGUCUUUGCACUGUACUUCAUGCUCAUGUUCCAGAUGCGGCUAUGGUCAGCAGCGAGUCACGCAGACCUGCGCGCCAACGUCAUCAACGCAGACAGAACCCCUGUGGCAAUUGAUCGACCGGCGAUCCAGGAGAACGUGCCACAGCGCGAGACAAGAGAGGAUGUCGAAGUGACACAACAACCCUUUGACGUGCAAGCCAUAGAGGCGGCACAGCCUGCUGCAGAAAUAAUGAAAGAGCAGCAAAGCUUGCGUGCUGUGGAUCCACCCUUGUCGACUCCAGGUGCAGUCAUUGUUUCGACGCCUGCACCACCCGCUACAGAAGCUGCUGCGCCAAUUGCGGCGCUUGAAGCUUCUGUCACUUCGAUUGCAAGCACUCAGGCGACACCUUCAUUGACGGAACGUCACGAUGUUGUUUCUGGAUACGCUGCUACCAUGAGGUAUCUGGCCAACUACAGAGUUCCCGAAGGUUCCGACGAGCAGCUCUUCCUGUUUUUCGUGUGUGGCGAUGAGAAAGGUGAGCAGACGACGUGGCGGAGAGUGUGUGUGGACGCAUCCAAGUUGGUGUACGACGUGUUUGCAAAAUCUCCGGCGCGGAAUAGGUUGCUAACCAUCCACGCCGGCUCAAAGCAGGACUGGUCUGCGGCGAAUGCGUUCUUCAAAGACGGAGAUUUAAAAGUCAAGAUGAUUCCUGCGCUAAUGCAGUGGCAUGGAGGGCGUCCUGGUGCGAAGCGAGCCACGUCCGGUAUGAUUAUUGAGGAGAGCAUUCUGUACGAACCACUACUGCGUUACCUAUUCAAGAACCAGGACGUUCUAGAUCCACUGCUAGCACCGGAAAAAAUCGCUUCGAAAGAAAUUGUAGUGUUGAAGGGAUACAAGAACUACCGGCAAUACAUCGAUGGUAUAGCAGCGGGAAACAACCCGUCACUUACCGCUCCGACAGGCCCGAUGUUCCUCUUUCUUGUCGCCGGUCGACUGGGAAACAACGAUCGUCUCUGGUGUCCCUACUGCCGGUACUCUGAAAUUUCGGUUGAGUACGCGUUCUACGCCUUCGCACCGCCAGGAUCAAGGCUGGUGAAGGUUGAGACGGUGAACUCCUAUGCCACUUGGAAAAACAAAACGGCAAACGACUGGAAAGGUGACACCUCGUUGAUGGUGCGUGGUGUACCAUGGAUGUACCGAGCAAAUCUAGACACGGAAGCGCGCAGCUUUAGCUUUGAACGAGUAAGUGAACGUUUUGACCGCCCGGAAGCGCUGCGAGGAAUCUUCCAGGGCUGGAAAAACCCAGUGUAACAAAACAAUAGAGACCUUCAUGUCUUCCAGGGCUGG